AUGAUCUUGCAUUUAUUUCCAAAGAAAAAUAAUCUGAAUUGUCACAGGCCACAGCAGCAACAACAAAGUCAACAACAACAUCAUCUACAACAGCUCUAUCACCAAGAACAACAACAACUACAUCAACAAAAACUACAUCAACAACAGAAAGAUCAAUCGCAAAAACAACAACUGUCCCAUCAUCAAAUAACGUUGGAUACAACUUCCGCUGGCAAGUCAUCACUUAGCGGAACAUUCCGGGAUUCAACAGCACUUCACAAAAGCCAGCACAUUCAGAUUUCUACACACGGGCUAAUUACACCUCACCCUCCAACAUUAUCACAGCCCACAAAAUCAUCUGAAAACAAUCAAAUUAUUGAAAAAAAUGAAAAAGACGUUGCCCAGUUUUCGAACAGACCAAUCAUCAUCACCGGAUCCAAAAAAUUUUCAUUAUUACAUUUUUUAACUGCCACUUGGCUGUUGUUGCUGUUGAACGUGGAGACCUGCGUGGCAUCCGGUAGAUUCCAAUUAAAAUUAAUGUCCUACUACAACCCCAGGAACGAGUUGGCCAAUGGAACGUGCUGUCCUAGGCCAUCUUCAACUAUGUGUUCUUCGUGCAAGCCUUGCGGUAUUUGUGCUAUGCCACUUCAUGGCGGCACUCUGGCUGAGCAAUUGUUGAGUUUCUAUUCAGCAGAUUUUCAACGCGUACCUCAUAUUGUGCUAGAGAACUAUCUUACAAUCUCAUACGCUGUGCCGUAUCUAACAAGAGACACUCUUCAGAUUACUUCUGUACAUGCAAGAUAUCUUGCUAAACUUCCAAAUCAAAUGCAGAUAUAA